UUUUUUUUUUUCGUGAUCGUCAAGAAUUCGUGCAGGUUACAGGUGGAAUUGUUAUUAAUGAUUUGAAAGUAAUCUGUAAAAUGUGUGUUUAUUUGCGAUGAUUGCCAUUUGCAAAUUGAUGAAUAGUUAUUCGGGGUAUUUCCCAUCUAUCGAGGUUCGAGCCAACGCUGAUGUAUGCAGUUAAUCACCUUUUUAUAUUAUAAUUACGAAUUCAUCAAAGCGUUUAAUUAGUAGUAACUCUAAGAAAGUGUCUAGACUUUAUCCACAUACGACCUCUGUUUGAAGCAAGUUGGCCCGCUCAUUUGUAACAGCUUACUAGAUGCUAAUCAGGCCAAUUAAGUAUCUACACGCGAAGUACGUAAAGCCAGUGACUCGCGCCCCCUCGUGCUACCGGUCCAUAAAGGUAGACUUCAUAAAGAUUUAUAUCUACCGUUAAAAUACUUAUUUUUAAUGACGAUGUAUGGGAUAGACGUGAUUUUACGUAGUUAUCUAAGUGUAUUUCGCACUUUUAGUGAGUUUUGUAAGGCCCAGAGGGAAAUAAUUGCCAGGAUACCAUUAAAUACGAGCAUUGCUUUGUCGCACGAGUCACGCAUCCAGUUUUAAUUUAUUUUAAUUUUAUUUAAAGUUGUUAUCUUACUACGCUAAACUGGAUUCGAGUAUGUAACUUUAAAAUAAGGUAGUACAUCAGAACGUCUUUGUUUACUUUAAAAUUUAAACAUAAAGAGUGUUAAUGGGUUUAGUACGUAUCUAAUGAAUUGCGGGAUACCCGUUACGAUAAGGUACAUAAAUCUAUAUAAGUGCGGAGAUUUGAAUAUUUUAUAGAUUAAAUUUAAGUCUAUUAAUAACUUGUUGAAGAUUAAACCAUGAUGGAAAGUUUCGCCCUUUCUAAUAAAAACAAGCAAAGAGAGCGGAAAGAUAACCCGUUAAGUACAAACUUAAUAUUUCCUCUCGAAAGAAAGAGUACCUUCUUAAUCGUCAAUAAUAGUACUUUUCCAAAUGCAUAUCAAGUUAUCAAGACAUAAACAAAAAUAAAAAGAACUAUAUUUCCUAUCUCCGAGACUCGGGCGUUUGCGACCAGUGUUUUGAUCGUGUGCGUAUCCAAUCGCCAGUGCGACCGUCGACACAGCGCAUGCGCAGCGCGUACCGCGAAAAUGGCCGGUGCGAAUUUUACGCGGGAACCCAACUCGAAUAUUUUCGAAACUGAAAGUGUGUGAUUGUGGGAAUCACCUAUGUUUCUAAUUAUAAUAUUUACCAAAGAUUAGUUUGUUUGCAAUUAUGAAACGAUUAAAAUGUGCUCGCAAUCGGAUUGUUACAAAGUGAUAUUUACAGUGAUAUUAGUUUUGGUGAUUAGCGUUGAUUGUAUGAGUGCGGCCACCAAGUUUAGGAGGAACAAUAGAGUGCACGAUGUAUGGAAUGUGCGUGAGGAAGGGAAAAAUACUACUCUCAAGAAACAGGGGAGAGGAUUUCUGUUCGGCGGAGGUCUAUUCGCCCUCGGCAAGGUCCUCAACUUCUUCCCGGUGGGCGGAGAGCGGGAGUGCCAGCCGACCGAGGGCUACAACAUCGCGAAGGCUGGCAUCUGCCUCAACCAGUACGACUGUCGUCAAAGGGACGGCAGAGCUACCGGGGACUGCGCGCAAGGGCUUGGUGUCUGCUGUGUCUUCGAGGUGUCGUGCGGCGGCUCGGUGCAGAAUAACCUGACUUACUUCAUGUCCCCCGGGUUCCCGGAACUGUGGUCUGGGGAACAAGAUUGUAACAUCACCAUCGAGAAGACGCACGCCGGGAUCAUGCAGCUCAGGAUAGACUUCUUGCACUUUACUAUAGGGCAACCGAACAGAAUGACUGGAGACUGUGAUGAGGAUGCUAUGAUAUUGAGAGACGGAGAGAGCCAGUUCACGCUGUGUGGACAGAAUCAUGGACAGCAUGUUUACUACACCCUGUCGACGGCAAGUGAGAAGCGCGAGGCGGGCGACCUCCCGGGCACGCGCACCAUCAACCUGUCCAUGCGCAUGCGCGGCGGCGACAUGCCCCGCAUCUGGCUCAUGCGCCUGGCGCAGAUGCCGCUAGCAAACACCUCCCCACAUGGAUGCCUGCAGUACUAUAACACUGAUAAUGGUACAAUAAAAACGUUUAAUUUCGCCACGAACGGGCGUCACCUCGCCAGCCAGGACUACAAGGCUUGUAUCCGAAGGAACUCGGGGUUCUGCAGCAUCAGGUACGCGCCCUGCGACCACCGCUCCUUCAGGAUCGGUCCCAGCAGUGGGACUCCUGCCGUCAUCGAUCCUGUUGACGUCCAACAAGAUGAAAUGAUGCCGGUUGAGACACAACCUCUAGAAGACGAGAUGGAAGGGUCGGGCAAUGAACCGGAUGUGGACCAGCGAGAACCUCCACAGCCUAGCCUUUUUUCCAGGAUCUGGACGUAUAUCUCGUCUUGGAUGUGGGGGCAGGCGAGGGGCCGGUCGUCGUCCCGCUGGUCUCCCUACGUGCAGCACUACGCCGAAGACGACAGGUUCCGGUACUUCGGCUACGGGAACUACGGCAUCGGCCUCACUGGCUACGGGAGACAGCGAUGCCAAGAUAGAGUCACUAUACCAUGUGAAAAUGAUUAUUUUAUUUCGAGCUCAUACUUUGGCGGAGUAUGCGACCCUCAUCACUGCGGCAACACGUUCUGUCCCAACCGUCGUCCGGACGAGUGUCACGUGGAGACGUCCAUCACGCCGUUCGCGGUGUCCGUGCACUUCGGGCCGCCGACACCCAAGCGGAGCCCCGAGGAGAACAUCGGCAUGUGCUUGAGGUACACGCAGAUACCUUGUGAUGCUUAGAUUGAUAGAUUAGUGAAAUGUAGUCCACAGCUGGGAAAAUGUUGAUGUUUUGAUGUAAUACUGUGAAAUGCACAUUUGCGACAACGUGUCAAAUAAAACUUUUUAUAAAUGUAUUUGUAAGUGAAUGAUGAUAAAAAAACAUG